AUGCGCGCAAAACGAUCCGAUUCGACGGCAGAAAAGGUGACGAUGAUGAGCGGCGUAAAGACGGAAAGUCCCGCGGAUUCGCGAGAAGGAUCCUUGGCUCCACCGGUGCUCACCGCCGAAACGACGACGACGCCGCCGUCAAAGAUUCGGAAGACGUCGCCGCACAUGAUUCUCAACGAAAUGGGCAUAGAGGAGGAGGCGGACGAGGAGGCCGAGCCGGUUCCGAAGAAAAGAGCGAAAAAGUCGGCGGCGUGCACGACUCCGGAAGAGAACAAGAAUCCGAACGGAGCGCAGAAGCAGAAGAGCAAAAGUGAGAGCCGCGAAGGCUCAAGCUCCGCUCACUCGGGCUCUUUCUCCCCGCCACCACCCCUCUCACCGGCCUAUUCGUUGACGGAAGAGGUGAAAAUGGAGGUGGAAAGUGAGGAGGACGAGCAAAAAGAGCAAAAAGUGUUCCGAUCGCCCAAAAAGCCGCCGACGAAAAAGGAGGAGCCGAAGAAGAGUCGGGGAUUGUCGAGGAGUUCGGUGUUCGGAGGAGGCAUGCGGAAAGUGGAAUCGAGUCCGGCACUCGGAGCAACAAGUACCAGCGAAAAGGCCAAGUACAAGGUAAGCCUUUUCAUAAUGGUAAUUUGUCUGGGAAUAAAACUGUUUUGAAAUAGAACUGUCCCGUUUUAGAACUGCUGCCGGUUUAUUCCUAAACACGUUUCCACAUAGGACUUUUUGGAGGACUGCACUUUUUAGCUAAAAGCGCUGGUCUGAAACUGAAUAAAGAAAAAAAUAGAGGCGUGUCUGCUACCCGACCCAUUCUGAAUGUUUGCAGCGAAAAGACAAGGACGCGGUGCCGUACAUUGACCCGAAUGCGCCGAAACGAAACCGAUCCGCCUACGUGCACUUUAUCAUGUGAGCUCUCCGCGUUUUCUUCAUCACUUUUACCACAUUUUGUGUUUACAGUAGCCGUCGUUCGGCGUACUCGAAAGCGACAAUGUCUCAGCGAGACAUCAACAUUGCGUUGGCGGCGGAUUGGCAGAAAUUGAAUGGCGACGAGCGAACGGUGGGGCACAAGAAUUUUGGUGGCGAAAUUUGAGAGAGAGAGAAUGCCAAUUUUUACAGCCGUUCCACAAAGCGGCCGAAGAGGAGAAAGCGCGCUAUUUGCUACUGAUGGAGGACUACAAAAAGACGGAUUCGCACCGGGAGUUUCAGAGUUAGCCUUCAAUUCGCCGCCCCAGAAAAACCGUGUCCGUUUUUGCAGAGAAACGCGGUCAAUUUCUGAAGACGCAAGGCAAAAAACGGAAGCACGGCGACGAUUCGGACGACGAUGAAAACGCGUCGAGUGUGCAGAUGGCGUUCCCGAAGACGGCCGCCUUUUGUCCACUCCUCCUCAAUCCGUCCUCCUCUGAGUCGUCAUCGAAUUCGGGAGCCCUCCAGUACUCGGGCCCGAUUUUCACGCCCGAAUUCGUGGCGUACAACAAGACGCGCGACUCGUACCGCCGGCAACUGGCCAUCGAACGGUCGAAUGUGGAGCACGAGCUGGAGGCGUUGCACGAGCACGACCUCGAGAUUCGCAUCCAGAAGCGUAAGAAGAGCGUCGUACAAAACACGACAAAUUUUGCGGCGUUUUCAGAGGAACAACGCAUUCGGAGUCUCGAUGAGAAUGUGGAGGGCGCGAUGAAAGUGAUGCGAGCGGUGUUUGGAUGCACGGCCGCAGCAAAAGGUACAGUAAUUUAGCCAAUUUUUUGCUCAAAAGCUCAGCUUCGAGUCCACUAUCUAAAUUUCUCAUUCAGACCACCUCUCCGACAUUGACUCGCUCACCGAAUGGCUCCAGACGGUCACCAGGCUCGGCGCCCGUGAAGGAGCACGAAAAGCGGUCCGCGAAUCGCUUCAAAAGUACUGCAAAUCAGCCAAAAAAUAA